AUGACGUUCAGCCAGUCCAGCAGUGUCACGCCUGCCCCACUUGACUGCGCUUGGCCUCCGGCCCCCAUUUGGGAAACCAUGGGCGCGGCAGACCGUGCCAGCUGGCUAGGACAAAUACAAAGAGACAGGGCCAGGCGCCUGGAGAUGGAUGUAGCGGAGACCGACCUCCGCCACAGAAGACCUCGUGUGGACCUGCAAGAUGACGAUAAUCUCGAGGAAAACCGUGAGCCACCCCCCAUCGCCAUAUUUCCGGGUGUCUCCGCCGCCCUUCUUACUCGCGUCCACGAGAGGAAGUUGAAGGCGACUGAACUCAUACGCUUCAAAGAGAAGUCAGUCACCGAACUGGAUCAGGAGGACAGGGUCUUCAAGAUCGGGAGGCACAGUAGGCUUCAAGAAGGCAGCGGCAUCGCUUAA